CACUGCCCGGUUUGAUGAGCGCAUCUCAUCCGUUUUCUGGCCCCUGAGGUACUAAAGAUGCGGCUGAUCGCGCGGGUACCUGUCCUGGUUUCAUACAGGCUUGGUUUCCCCCGGUAGACUGAUCCUGUUUGAUGCUGCUGAGUCCACAGGGACCACCAGAUUGAUUUUUUUUUUCUACGCACCGGAUCCGGCACCCUGACAGAUGGAUAACUACUCUACUUUACCACUGCAGUGUCUGGAAAUGACCACUAAGCGGAAACUGAUUGGCCGGCUGGUGCCGUGCCGUUGUUUCCGUGGUGAAGAGGAAGUGAUCUCAGUGUUGGACUAUUCCCACUGCAGCCUUCAGCAGGUCCCUAAGGAAAUCUUCAGCUUUGAGAGAACUUUGGAGGAGCUCUAUCUAGAUGCCAACCAGAUUGAGGAACUACCCAAGCAACUCUUCAACUGCCAGGCCCUGAAGAAGCUGAGCAUGCCUGACAAUGACCUCUCCAACCUGCCUACAACCAUCGCCAGCCUGGUUAACCUGAAAGAGUUAGACAUCAGUAAAAAUGGAAUCCAGGAGUUUCCAGACAAUAUAAAAUGCUGUAAAGGCUUGUCUGUGGUAGAAGCCAGCGUCAACCCUAUCACCAAACUCCCAGAUGGUUUCACACAGCUCCUGAAUCUGACCCAGCUCUUCUUAAAUGAUGCCUUCCUGGAGUAUCUGCCUGCUAACUUUGGCAGACUCUCCAAACUACGGAUCCUGGAGCUGAGAGAGAACCACUUGAAAACCAUGCCAAAGUCCAUCCACAGACUGACACAGCUGGAAAGGCUGGAUCUGGGUAGCAAUGAAUUCUCUGACCUGCCGGAGGUGUUGGAACAGAUACACAACUUGAAGGAGCUGUGGCUGGAUAACAACUCUUUACAGUCUAUACCAGGGUCAAUAGGGAAGCUUCGUCAGUUGCGGUACUUGGACUUGGCUAAGAAUCGAAUUGAGACGUUGGAUACAGAAAUUUCAGGCUGUGAAGCCUUAGAGGACCUGCUGCUAUCCUCCAACAUGCUGCAGCACCUCCCUGACUCUAUAGGAAUGUUAAAGAAGCUGACCACACUGAAGGUAGAUGACAACCAGCUGACCUCACUGCCUCACACCAUUGGAAGCCCGAAGCCCAAGCAAGGUCUGUCUCUGUUGGAGGAGUUGGACUGUAGUUGUAAUGAACUGGAGUCGUUACCCCCCACAAUUGGCUACCUGCACAGCUUGAGGACCUUUGCUGCUGAUGAGAACUUCCUUGCAGAGCUGCCUCGGGAGAUUGGUAAUUGCAGAAAUGUGACGGUGAUGUCGUUGCGGUCCAACAAGCUGGAGUUUCUUCCAGAUGAGAUUGGACAGAUGACCAAACUACGUGUCCUUAACCUUAGUGACAACAGGUUAAAGAAUCUACCGUUUACCUUCACUAAGCUCAAGGACCUGGCAGCUCUGUGGCUCUCAGACAAUCAGUCCAAGGCUCUGAUCCCACUGCAGACAGAAGCCCAUCCAGAAACCAAACAAAAAGUUUUGACCAACUACAUGUUUCCUCAGCAGCCACGACAUGAUGAGGAUUACCAGUCUGAUAGUGACAGCUUUAAUCCCACUCUGUGGGAGGAGCAGAGACAGCAGAGGAUGACUGUGGCCUUCGACUUUGAGGAUAAGAAAGAAGAGGAGGACAACUCUGGGAAGGUCAAGGUGGAGAUAAACCUAAAGCGCUACCCAACUCCCUACCCUGAGGACCUUAAGAACAUGGUCAAGUCAGUGCAAAGUCUUGUAGGUAAAAGUGUGCAUGCUGGACAUGGGCACCAGCAUCAGCUGAGCACAGGCACUGCCACCUCAGCAGGAACCAAUAUGGAACAUCCACACCUCAGCAAAGAGCCAUAUGAACCACCAUGGCCCCUGCCUCCCAAAGAGGUGACAGACAGAGAGAUGCAGGACUUCUCUCAACCUCAGCUAAUGGAUCAGGGAUCAAUGCAUAACUCUGGCAUCGAAAUUCCCAAGAGGGCAGACAAGGAAGAAUUGACAGAAAGCUCUGAGGACUCAAUGGGCGGCUCUCCAAAUGACAUUCGCAUUUCUGACAUGAGGCCCACACUGGUGGAGCCACCGAUGUACAAACCAAAGGUGGUACUGCUGGGGAAGGAUAAGAAAGAGUCUACAGAUGAAGAUGUAGAUAAACUCCACUGUCUAAACCACAGCGGCUCUUCUGCAACCUACUCCGACUAUUCCCCUUCGCAGGGUUCCUCAGGCUCCUCCAAUCCACCUGCCAACACACACUCACAUGCACAUCCUCACGCACAUCCACACAACCCUGCCCUUCCAGCCCCCAGCAAGGACCAGACCCCUCAGUCACACUGGACAAACAGACUGGCCCAUUCGUUUCCCAAGCCCAUUGACUCCAAGCCCUUGCUGUCUCAGAGAGAGACCCCUCCAUCAGGAACCCUGCAGCAGCGCGGAGAUCGUCGUCCACUCAGUGAGCCUUUUGAUUGGUCUGAGGCUCCUCACUACGAUAACACAGGUUUUGAUGCUGAGGAGUCUCCUCUGGAUCCUUCAUCUUCUAAUACAAGUCAGGGAAAUCCUCCACUGGGCUCCAAACCCCGCAGCCAGUCAACACACGGGCGCCGCCCCCUUCUCAGGCAAGACCGAAUAGUUGGAGUACCUUUGGAGCUAGACACGCAGACACUCCCCUACCACAGCAACCAACGCUCCACCCCGGACAAUGAUCCACAAUCCUCCGGGCUUCCUGCCCAGAACCCUUGGCAGAAUUGGACCAGGACCCCAAGCCCACUGGAGGAUAGAACUGCUUUUCCUUCCAAGCUGGACCUGACACCCACCUCCAGCCCCAACCCUGACCGCAAGGAUAUUGACCCGAGGUUGGAACAGGGUUCAGGACCAUUACCUGGAAGCUGGACGUACCAUGACAAUCAGGGAGAACAAAACAGGAAGGAUCAGCUCACUGUCAGUGGGGGCAACAAGGUUACCGUGGUGAUGAGUAAAAGCUCAGACCGCCUGUCCCCCAUGAUGAAGGAGACUAGGUCCAAGUUUAAGAAGUCGCAAAGCAUAGAUGAGAUUGACAUUGGCUCCUACAAAGUCUACAGUAUUCCCAUGGAUAGCUAUAGUUCAUCCAUUGAGCAGCAGACUAGUUUGGACCGUCCAGACCUGCCUGGUUCUAUGGAGCAGACCAGCAUGGCACGGUCUCAGUCUGCCCCCAUGUUAGAUGAUGAGCUGGGCUUCCCUGGAGCUGGCAAUCACAAUCUGUCUGGACAGAACCAAAAACCUGCCAUUCCACAAAAGGCCUAUCACUUUGACCAGAACUACAACCCCCAGGUGACCAUGGAUCGUCGGGUCCCUCCGCCCUUCCCCAACACACCAGAUUAUGCCAACCACUCAUCAAAGGCUUUGGAGUACUUGAAUCAGCCAGGAAAGACACUACCAAAAGAGCUAGUGAGUCCUCGGUAUCGUGCAUAUCCACCACUGGAGAUGUUUUCAUUCCCUCAAUCACCAAUCAGCCAGGAUGGCACGCCCAGCCAGCAGCAGCAGCCAAUCCCAACGCUGCGUUCCAGGCCAGGGUUUCUGAGGAGGGCAGAUUCUUUGGUGAGCUCUACGGAGCUUGCUUUGUUUCGAAGAGUUCAUGAAGCCCAACAGGAGGCGUUGCAGGAGGCUCAGUACAGACAGCAGGCUGAUCCCCCACAUUAUAGUCGGGCUCUUGCCUACUCCAGUCCCAUGGACCACUCUGCUCCCACCAACAUGUCCGACAACCAAAGUCAGAUGAUGCACAAUAAGAGAAAUGGUCGCUAUGACGAUGACUAUCCCACUUACCAGGAGCAGAAGAAGCCCAUGAUUGGUUAUCCAACUAAGAGCUUGACUCAGCGUCGCCCCCUGUCUGCCAGGAGCUACAGCACUGAGACCUACGGAGCAUCUCAGGCCCGUCCAGUGUCCGCUCGUCCCACCAUGGCUGCCCUGCUGGAGAAAAUGCCACCUGACUACACCCUGGCAACCUGUCCUGAGAAACCUUCAGAGGACACCAUCAAAGUAAGACCUGUUGUACCCCAAAAACCUGAAGACAUCACCUCCAAGAUGCCUGCCGACUGGAGGCAACAGCUUCUCAGGCACAUAGAGGCUAAACGACUGGACAGGAGUGGUGUCCUAAAGCACAACACGCUCACGCUGGGCAUGCUCUGUCAGGGCGGGGGUCACAGCCAGGGGCGCAGCAGCACUUUGAACUUUAACCUUUACAAUAACACUAAGCAUGCGCCCCCUGCUGGCCGUUGGCUGCCACUACCUCCUCCUCCGUCUGCCAACGCUACCCCCUCUCAGCAGGCUGCCAUGCUGGAUAAUGACCAGGAGGUGGUGUCCGUGGGCAACCAGUGGGUUCCCUAUUCACUUGGCAGGAGGGAUGUUCCACCUGACAACCUCAUGAAAAAGAGCGGACAUUCACACAACCCUUCCCAUCAGGCACACAACACCAUGAUCGUCACUUCUUCUUCUUCCUCUUUAGCCACUACACCUCAUCGUGUGGUUGGGCAACAGGGUUAUGAUGGGAUGAUUAACAAAGGGGGUCAGUACCAGCAAGGGAUGUCUCUGUCAGUGGUUCCCUCUGGUGGGCCAGGACAAUAUCAAGGAAACAUGUCUCAAGCCCUUCCCUCUUCUGGCCAGGCCUACCCUGGUGGUGGUCUGCCCAUGGUCCUAUCCCCAUCUGGGAAUCAACCCCAGUACAAUCCUCACACCUCUCAUCAGCCCUCCUUGCCCACUACAAACCCCCAGUACCAUGGUAACCAUGGCAUGGUACAUAGUAACCAGGUUGUUAUGACAACCCACACCAACCCACGGCCUCAGAGCGCUCGCUGCCUAUUGCAGACUAAGGGCCAGAAGAGCACAGAUGGUUUCCAGGAACAGUUGUGUGUGAGAAUAGAGAAGAAUCCUGGUCUUGGUUUCAGUAUCUCUGGUGGCAUCAGCGGCCAGGGGAACCCCUUCAAACCCUCCGACAUGGGUAUCUUUGUUACUAGGGUACAGCAUGACGGGCCCGCUGCCUCUGCCCUGCAGCCUGGAGACAAGAUAAUGCAGCAUGAUUGUGUAGCUCCUCCUCUUCUCUCUCUUUUCCCCAACAGUGAUGUGUUACUGAGAUAAUGAUGGCAGUGACCCUCCAUCCUUCCACAACACUCACGCAUAGAUAUGUGUAUGGAAAAACUGCAAACCACAUACAUGCUGACACAAACACACACACACACAUGCUGCUGACUGUGCUGCGUGUUUGCCUUGCAGGCUAAUGGACAUAGUUUUUUACACAUGGAGCAUGAGACAGCCGUCUCUCUGCUGAAGAGUUUCCCUCGGCUGGUGGACUUGGUGGUUCUGAGAGACAACAGCACGCGCUAGAAAUAGUUUUUUUUUUUUUUUUUUUUUUAAACAAA